AUGUCUGAAGAAAACUCGCAGCCCCCAGACACCAACAUGGAGGUCAACGACGAACUCGACCACGCGGUGGACGACGAGAUCAAGCAAGACGCGACACAACUGGAAGCCGACGCCAUGAACCUCGACGGCGCAAACGAUGCCGAACCCGCGACAGUCAACGGUGUAACAGACUCGGCCGCCGCGUUUGAAGCGCGCAUACCAGCGAAAAAGGAUGCGACGUUGCGCGAGUUUCUCGGCAAGAUGGAUGAUUAUGCGCCUAUCAUACCCGAUGCAGUGACCAACUACUACCUGACCCGUGCCGGUCUGCCACCACCACCCCAGACAUCACAACAUCUUGCACGUCUACUCGCUCUGGCGACACAGAAAUUCAUCGCCGACAUUGCGGCCGACGCCUACCAAUUCUCUCGCAUCAGGUCGUCCAACACCACGAGUAACAACCCCAUGGGUGGCGCAGGAGGAGCCCCGGCAGCAGCUGCACCUGGUGGUGCGCCUGGUGGAAAGGACAGCGGCUCAAAGACCAAGGACUACAACCUUGGCAUCCAGCGACCAGGAUAUGGCGGUGGAGGUCAAGGUGGCAGUCAAGGCCGGACCGUGCUCACUAUGGAGGAUCUGGGCAUGGCAGUAGGCGAAUACGGAGUCAACAUCAAACGUGGCGAGUUCUACCGUUAA